ACGAUGCAAAUACACAGAAAUGACACGAGGAGGAGGAGGAGACGGGGAAGCCGUUGCUGCGAUGGCGGUGGUGGACCCUCAGGCGGUAGUGGCGGUGAAGAAGAAGUCGUCUCGGAGCUGGGUUUUGCUGGACGCGACGGGACAAGCGACGGUGUUGGAUGUGGACAAGUACGCUAUCAUGCAGAGAGUCCACAUUCACGCUCGGGAUCUCCGCAUUGUCGACCCUCUGCUCUCUUACCCUUCCGCCAUUCUCGGACGUGACAGGGCUAUUGUUCUCAAUCUGGAGCAUAUUAAAGCGAUAAUUACUGCUGAAGAGGUGCUGCUUCGGGAUCCGUUGGAUGAAAAUGUUAUUCCUGUUGUUGAAGAGCUUCAGAGACGGUUGCCUCCUGUAAAUUCCAACCGUGAAAAUCAAACAGAUGGAAGUGAGUUCCCUGUUGACGCGGCUGAUGCAGAAGAUGAGUCUUCAUUUGAAUUCCGGGCCUUGGAGGUAGCCUUGGAAGCAAUUUGUAGUUUUCUUGCUGCACGUACGACAGAACUGGAGACUGCUGCUUAUCCGGCUCUAGAUGAGCUUACCUCUAAGAUUAGUAGCCGCAAUUUGGAUAGGGUUCGUAAAUUGAAAAGUGCAAUGACAAGGUUGACUGCACGGGUCCAAAAGGUGAGGGAUGAGAUCGAGCAGCUGCUGGAUGAUGAUGAUGAUAUGGCCGACCUUUACUUGUCAAGAAAGUUGGCGGGUGCAUGUUCACCAGUUAGUGCCUCUGGUCCUCCCAAUUGGUAUCCUGCCUCCUCAAUAUCACGGGCAAGUAGAGCAAGUAUGGUAACUGUUCGUGGAAAUGAGAAUGACGUUGACGAACUUGAAAUGUUACUGGAGGCUUACUUUAUGCAGAUUGAUGGCACCUUGAACAAGUUAGCUACGCUGCGUGAAUAUAUUGAUGAUACGGAGGAUUACAUAAAUAUUCAGCUCGAUAACCACAGGAAUCAGUUAAUUCAGCUUGAGCUUAUUCUUAGUUCUGGAACUGUUAGUUUAUCCAUGUAUUCUUUGGUGUGUGGAAUUUUUGGCGUGAAUAUCCCAUAUUCGUGGAACGAGGAUCAUGGAUACAUGUUUAAAUGGGUUUGCAUUGUUACAGGAAUAGUAUGUUUCUCUGUUUUCAUAGUAAUUGUAGCAUAUGCUCGCCACAAAGGUUUGGUCGGAUCGUGAACUUCGUAAAUAAAAGCUUGCUGAGAGCAAGGUGUCCGAAAUUUAUUG